AACCCUAAAUCCUCCUUCCUGCCCUAAAAGAGAAAAUGGCGCCCAUCGCUAAGCGGAGCUUGAGCUUCGCGAUCGCUGUCGCCACGCCGGAGAGAAUCACGAAGAAGCCGCGGGCGCGGGAAGAAUGGCGGAGCCUCAGCGUUCCUCCAGUGGAGCUCAAUCUCGCCCUCACGCUCCUCACAGGUCAGACAUUCUUGUGGAAGCAAACAAGUCCCGGCGUGUUCACGGGAGCUCUGGGGCCUCACCUCGUCUCGCUCCGGCAGACGCCGCAGGACACACUCUAUCGCCUCCACACGGAAUUUCCAGGCGCCAAGGAGGCGCUGCGAGAAUUCUUCACGCUGGAUACGUCGCUGGCGGCUCUGUGGAGCUCUUUCAGUGCCGCGGACGAGCGAUUUGCUGCUGUGGCUCCCUACAUUCAAGGGGCGAGAGUGCUGAGGCAGGAUCCAGUGGAAUGCGUCUUCCAGUUUAUAUGCUCCUCCAACAAUCACAUCCAGAGGAUAACGAAGAUGGUGGAUUUUCUCGCUACUCAGGGAUCUCCGCUUGGCUGCGUGGAUGGACAAUCCUUCUUCCAGUUCCCGUCGCUCGAGCAACUAUCGUUCCUCACCGAGAAACAACUUAGAGACGCUGGGUUUGGAUACAGGUUUCCUUCUUUUCUUUUCUUUGUAGCAAAGAUGGUGGCUUCUUCUUUGUUUCUAACUCUUUCUUGUAGAGCCAAGUAUAUUGUAGGAGCCGUGGAGACCCUGCGUUCCAAGGAAAGUGGUGGUGAUGAAUGGCUGAAGUCCUUGAGAGAAGGAUCGCUAGAACAGGCGACUGCUGCACUGUGUACACUCCCUGGAAUCGGUCCCAAGGUCGCCGCAUGCGUGUCGCUGUUUUCGCUUGACAAACACGACGCCAUUCCAGUUGACACUCACGUAUGGCAGAUUGCCGUGCAAUAUCUCAAACCCGAGCUCGCCGGACAACGCCUCACAUCCAAAAUGCACAGCGCCGUGGCGCAGGCGUUUGUAAGCCGUUUCGGAGCGUACGCUGGCUGGGCUCACGCUGUUCUGUUCAUUGCGGAGCUGUCUUCGCAUCAAAAGCUUCUUCCAUCACAUUUACAUACUCAGAGGAAGCCACGAACGAGUAAAAACAGCAAGCGCAACGAAGAUGUUGUUUCUUUGUAAAAUGCUUUUUUCCAGCAGUUGCAAACUAAAACAAAGACACUUAUUUCUACUGAAUACUGGAUUGAAGACGGUGAUAACAAAUGAAUAGCUCAGGUCCUUGGUACAGAAAACAGGUCCAAAGUUUGCUGCAUGCGCCUCGCUAUUCUCGCUUGACAAGCACCAUGCCGUUGCAUUUUGACGCUCGCCUGCCAGGUUCGCUCUCACACACAUUUUAAACUUAUCGCUUCGUUGGUCAAGCAGCCGGCAACGUCCUUUGAUGAGCAAUGAGAGUGGCACAAAGACUGUGGCUUUCAGGGGAAUCUAAGCUAUCAAAGUCGUUCAGGCUCUCGGUCACGAUUGGUUCGCUCGUCUUGAAGCCAACGCUGGCAAGUUCUAUUCAUUGCGGAGCUGUCUCGGCAUCAGAAGCUUCUUCCUUCACACUUACAAACCCAGAGGAGGACGGGACGAGUAAAAGCAGCAAGCGACACAAAGCUGUAUCUUCGUCGUAAAAAACCACACCACACCACUACCAUCAGUCAUCGCUCUCUCAAAGCAGUGGCCUUCGAGAAACUUUGCCUCGGGAUACCAAAGCUUCCAGGCCGUGCCGAGAGCGCACUGGCCGUAUAUUCCCACGCACGCCAUGGCCCGUGACGUCGUACGGAACAACGAUUUUGGCGAAAGCGACUUGGUUUUUGAGCGGCCAGCUAUACAUACAUACACACGCAUACGCAUACGCAUACGCUCCAAGCUCCUUUUCCUCUCGCUCUCUCUCGGGCAGCCAAAGAGGAGGCUUUGAUGGUUUCUCCUCUCUCCUCACUGCCUCUCAGCACUUCCUUCUUUUCUUUCUCCUCUUCCACUUCAAUGCUGCUCACUUCCAGGCUCGUCUGGUUUCUCCUUCUCUUGCAGCUCGUUUGCUCGUCCAGAUCAGAUCUCUUCUUCUCGCAAACUGGAGUAGCAGAGAGCACCGUGGCCUACGCUGAAGCCAGAGCGAGCAGUAGUAGCAUCAAUCGCAGCAAUGAUGCUGUUUGGAGGAGAAUGGUAGAGGAGACAAGAACGCAGCAGGAGGAAGACAUCGAUUACAUUUACUCGGGCUAUGAAAGGCGGCCUCCUCGGACGCGCCGUUCUAGACAUUUUCCUUAGCAGCAGCUGCUGGAAGAAGCUACCACUACAUGCAGGCGCAGAAAAAAUGUCAUGGAUUCAUCUCGCUCCCUCCGGUUUUUUCCUCUCCAUCUCUCUCUUGGAAAUCUUUCGCAGGCCGCAGCGAGAGAGAUCUCUCUUCCAAAUUCCAUGUCUCGCCGCUGGCCGUGGUGAAAGGACGUGAAGAAAAGACCGUGGCUUUUGUCGCCCUGUCUGGAAAAGGGAGCUCAAAUUUCCUCGUCCAUAGCUCUUUUCUUUAAGGACGCAGCCUUGAGCAAAAUGCUGCCUAGCUAGGCCUUUGUAUUUGUAUACUAGCCAAAAAGGAGGCAUAUUUUUUAAUUUUUUUC